AUUGCCAACCCAACCAAAACAAAAAGUGGUCUUUCUCAUUGGUCUUCUCCUCUCUGCGUUGCUGCUGCUUUUCUUUUUUUUUUUUUAUUUAUUUUUAAGGGUUUUUGUUAUAUCCGAAUUUGUCAUCGGUUUGAGCAUUUUGAACUUCACUGGAAAAUUUGAUGGUUCAGGUAAUGGGUUUCAGGAAGCUCCGUUCAGACCUUGAAACGGUGCCGUUCAAGUUGGAGAUCGAGGAACCGCUACAAGAAGAGCAUGCUCCUCUCAACAAGCGCUUCAAAUCUUCAUCCACUUCACAAGAGCAAUGGAAUGCUUCAAACAGUGCAUCUUCCUGUUCUCCUUCCCAGUACAAUAUACUUGAUGAGCCUAGCCCUCUGGGUUUACGUCUGAGGAAGAGCCCUUCGCUUUUAGAUUUAAUAGAAAUGAAGCUUUCUCAAGGGAAUGUGAUUAUUGCAAAUACACAAAAUGAAAACUUUUUAAGCUCUGGAUUGAAAAAGGAGAGUCGGGGUGCUGCUGCAUCGGAUUCUGUUGAGAAGCUUAAGGCUUCAAAUUUCCCAGCUUCACUUUUAAGAAUUGGUUCAUGGGAGGUAUAUCCAAGAUUACUACAUGUCACUAGUAUUUUGGGGAAAAUUAUUUUUCACCGAGUUUUACUUGGCUUAAGGUUCUCUUUGUGGCAGUAUAAAUCAAAACAUGAGGGUGACUUAGUGGCAAAAUGUUACUUCGCUAAACAUAAGCUUGUUUGGGAAGUUCUUGAAGGUGAACUAAAGAACAAAAUGGAAAUCCAAUGGUCAGAUAUCAUGGCACUUAAGGCAAAUUGUCCUGAUACUGGACCUAGCUCAUUGACUGUAGUGCUCGCUAGACAACCUCUUUUCUUCAAGGAGACUAAUCCUCAGCCUAGAAAGCAUACAAUAUGGCAAGCAACAUCAGAUUUUACUGAAGGAGAGGCUUGCAAACACAGGCAGCAUUUUUUGGAAUUUCCACAAGGCUUGUUAGCCAAGCAUUUUGAAAAGCUUAUCCAGUGUGACACACAUCUUAAUUUCUUAAGCCAACAACCUGAGAUAAUCUUGGAUUCACCUCAUUUUGAUACACGACCAGCUGCUUUUGAGAACCUUGACAAUCCAGAAGAUCUUGAUUUGCAUCUUGUUAAUUGUAAAGGAUCUACCACAUCUUGUUUGCAGGACAUAGGAUCACCUCAUUCAUCCCUGUCACCAUCAUUUAAGAUUGAACACAUUGAUCUUCUUGGCAUUGCCUCGGAUAAUCUACCUUGUGAAGCACCUUUCCCCAGUUCAGGUAGUACAAGUUCUGAAACUGAUUUCAAGGGACCAAGAAACUGGGAUCAGAUAAAAUUGCCUGGACUCCGGCCUUCUAUGGCAGUGAGUGAUUUUAUCGGCCACAUUGAACAUUGCCUUUCUGAACAAAUAACUUCCGGAAAUCCAUCCUUUUGUGGUGGAAGACCAGAGUUUCAGGAAAUGCUAGAGGAAAUUGCACAGCAUCUUCUCAAUGACAAUAAGGUUAUAACAACUUCUGAUGAAAAAUCACUCAUGACAAGGGUCAAUUCUCUCUGCUGUCUUCUACAGAAGGACCCUGCAGCAUUGCAGAGUUCACAUGACAAGGAAAGUGCUGAUGAAGGACCUGCUGAUGGAAAAAGUAUUCAACUUAGCCAUGAUCUUGAAUCAAUGCAGAACAACAAAAUUAAAAUGGAUGUCAAGGCUUCUGAAGAGGAAUUCAGAGAUGUUUCUCGGGGCAAGCAAACACUAGGCAUGCCGAGGAAAGACUCAUUAGGAGAGUUGCUUCUUCAACUUCCCCGAAUUGCAUCACUUUCAAAGUUCUUGUUUGACAUAUCAGAAGAUAGUGACAACUAAGCCCAAUAGUUAUUUUGAUGUUUGAAAUUCAAAAUGGCCCAGAUCAAGGUGCAUAUAGGACAUAUUGUCUUAGUGGACAUGAAAAGUUUAAUUUUUACGAUAGGAACUUCAAGGAUUUGGAAACAUUUUAAUGAAGAAUCCUGGUGGAGCCCGUGAAAAGAACUGUUACAUUUGCUCUGGCACAAUUUACUAAUCUUUCCUUCCGGUUCUUGUACACAGUUGACUGCAUGUAAGUAAACAAUGUGUUACCUAAUAAAAUAUCGGGCUUAUAGUUUAAAUACUUU